AUGGCCAAGGGCAUGGCCCGAGGGGAAGGCGUUCGAGCCGCAUACAAAAUUGUCAUCCACAUCAGACAAGCCAAAGCGCCGGGAAGGGAGGAUCGUGAGGAUCGACUAUACAAUGUCAGCAAUGGGAUGAGGGGUGGUUCGCCGAGCCGAGAAUCUUGGGCGUACUCAAAUGUCUUCCCUCUGGGUCAAUCUAGCCUCUAG